AUCUACUACUAUCACAACUACUAAUUUAUAAAUGUGGAAUUAGGCUCUUAAGGAACGUUUGACAGUUAAAGCACGUGACAAACAUGCCCAGAUCCCCCGCCCUCCCGUACUGUGUGAGGGGGAGCCAAGGAGGGGCGUGACCGAUCCGCCGAUCAAAGAACCGCCUCGCGCUCACCAUUCAACUGUUUUCUUUUCUUUAAAUCGUUUAUCGAUUGGCGAUGUCAUUUGUCGGAAGUUGUAGGAACACAUAACAAAGUAGCGGGGAAGAUUGCGACGAGAGCGGCUCGUGAAAGCUGGUUGGUUCGGUGUCCACGAUUGAUCGCAACAUACGGCAAAACAACCGAAACUACAACAUGCCCGUACUUUGGAAAAGCCGCGACCGGGAGAAAAUGCCUACCCCCCGGAGCCCGUCCCCGGUGCUGAAGCCUCUUUCAGCCCUGGCCGUGCCAGGAAUGUUCCUCUUUUAUAAAUACAACGAGAUUAAACGGCAGUCAAGCCAUACUACCGUCCCUAAACGGACUACUGUGACAGAGAGGGAGUUAGACCACCUCAACCACAAAAUUGAUAAACUGUUGGCGAAGAUAGAUGACCACGAACAUAGCACCGCAAAGCAACCGAAAGAGGACGAGGAGUGUGUGAUAUGCAUGGCUGCCAAGGCAACAAUGCAGACAUAUCCAUGUGAGCACAAGGUUGUAUGCCGUAAGUGCUUCGUCAAGACCAUUCAGACAGCGAUUGCGCAGAGGUCACUUCCACUUCGAUGCGUCAUUUGUCGGAGUCAAAUUCUCAAGCUUCGUCAAGUGUCGUCAAGUAGCAAAAAGAAAUCGAAAUCGCAGAAAUCUAUUGGCCAUAAACUUUUCACACGAACGCCAAUACAACUACCCGUAUGUACGAAUUAAUGAGGGGGCGCCACUGGCACUCCAUGAACCAAUCAAAUAGGUGCUGACACACCUCACGGACGAAUCAAAUUAUAUGUAGUAUUGAGGAAGUGUAUAUAUCACCAUUGUUUAUUGUGUAUGUAGUCGUAGCAGCAAUAAUAUCACAGGGCCAUUCAACUUCCGGUCAUUCUGUCAUCGUCAUUAUGACGUCAUCGGGGAUAUUACCGUGUUUUUCUACUUAUAGAAUAUGACAACCAUCUUUCUAAGACAUUUUUCUUAAUAUAUCUCUUACAAUAUUUUAUAAUGAAGCAUAGUUAGUUCUUAUCAAAAAUCAUACCUACGAGAGGACUGACUGUGACACAUACGUGUAUAAAUGAUUACUGUGUUAGCUAUAUAUGAGUGUGCUGUUGCGCAUGUGUGAUAGACGGUUUAAUUGUGACGUCAGUGUCUUCAUUAAUCUAUUUUGAUGAAAGUGCCAACAAAAAUGUGGGACAUUCCAAAUUACAAACAAGUGCAAACAGUUAAACACUUAAUCAUUUAAUUUACAUUUACCGAACGACAACAGGUGUUAGUUGGGACGACCAUGUUUCAAUUGGUGACCUUUUGAAAGCUGGACCGAGGAUUGUGGUAAUCUAUGACCGUGUUCAUGUGUGUGAGUAGAGUGUGGAGAUCGAGGUUUGGAUGCG